AUGAGAAGCAAUCGCUUUGCUGUAAUGUGUCGGAAAGCCAAAUACUUUAAAGGAAAACCUUUCCUAGAGGGAUCUUAUAACGGAUCUUAUUCUUGGUUCUGGAAGAAUGUGGUGAAAUCCAGAGACUUAUUACUGAGAGGAGCGUGCAAUCUUAUCACUGACGGGAACGAUGCAAAUGUCUGGUUAGAACCUUGGGUGCUGCUUAGCAAGGAUUUCUUCGCUAAACCUAUUGGUUCGACCUCUGGGAGUGUGACGAAAGUCGCUGAGCUUCUUACGGAGGAUGGGGAUUGGGAUAUUCCUAAACUCCAGACUCAUUUUGAAUCCGGAACUGUUCGCGACAUAAUCAAAGGAGGUAAACCUUGGGGAGUAGGAGGAGACAGGUGGGUGUGGACAAAGGAGCCAAAUGGCCAAUUCUCAACCAAAUCAGCUUACCUAAUUUUGGCUUUGGAAAGAGCCCCUAAUAUUGUUGUUGCGCCAGGACAUUGGAACAAACUUUGGAGUUCCAAAAUCCUAGAGCAGCAUAAGGUCCUGUGGUGGAGCAUCCUUUCAAAUGCCCUCCCUAUUAGGGGACUCCUGGCGAAAAGAAUCAACAUAGACGAACUUUCUUGCCCCCUGUGUGGGGCAGCUGAGGAGUCCAUGGAGAACUUGUUCCUCCAUUGUGAUUUUGUGUACCAUUUGUGGAGAGCUUCCCCGUGGGGAAUCUUUCCGGUCCCCGACUUUGGAAGCAGAGUCUGGGAUUGGGUAACAUUUAUUUGGAACCUGAAGACGAAAGGGGUGGACACGGACAAGCUAUUUCUCUAUGCCUCGAUCGUUGUGGAUACUAUAUGGAGAACCCGAAAUGAUAAAGUUCAUAACUAUUAUUCGAGUAACAUUAAUACUGGUAUUGACUCUAUUUCUAAUUGUUUUACAGAUUAUGCUGACUGCUUGCUUUCCCCGACAGUAGAUGUGUUUCCUCCAGGUUGGUCGACCCCUCCUGAAGACUGGAUCAAAAUUAACUAUGAUGUUAAGGUUGGUGGUGAGUACAUGUGCAUUGCUGCCUUGGCUAGAGAUCAUUCAGGGACAGUUUUGUGGGGUGUGGCCAACAAUCUCAACUUCACAAAUCCUUUGAUUGGGGAGGCGGUGGCGUGCCAACUUACCAUGGAAAUUGCUGCUACCAGGGAGCAUGAAUUUAUCAUAAUUAAGAGUGAUUCAGAAGUGGUUAUAAAUGCAAUUAAAGGUGUCCAAUCCAAUUGGAACAUUGUUAAUUAUGUGUAUGCUUGUAAUCAACUCUAUAAGAAGUUUUUAUCUUGUAAUUUUUCUUUUAUCUCUAGAAGUUGUAACUUUGCGGCUCACAAUGUCGCUAGAUGGGUUUAUGCUUAA